AUGCAAGGUGCUUGUCUACUGGCCGAUCUCGAUUCAUGGUUUCGACAUGGCCCUGCCUCUGUUGAGUCGCUGGCUCCAGAUGCCGAGAUACCAGAUCUUUGGAUCGGCGUUCUCAUGGUCGCUAUUCAGCUGGAUCAGUACUGGCGCUAUCUUGAGUUUCGAUUCAACAGUCCGACUGGAAAAGAUGUGGACGACUUGCAGGCAGAGCUAGUGAAGCAGCAAGAGCAAUGGCCUGGCGGAAGCAACAAGGUCGAAACAGUUGGUUUCUGUGCUGGCAUGAUCGCCGCCAUCGCCGUUGCCAGCUCCCACAACCGACAGGAGUUUAAAAAGCACGGCGCCGCGGCGUUACGUAUCGGGGCGCUGAUGGCGGCCCUGGUAGGAGCCACCGAAGAGUGGACUAAGCGUCUCGGCAAAGGCGGGUCUGUCUCCUUGGCUACGGCGUGGAGAAGCCACAAGCAGGGCGAUGAUUUGGCGCGCAUCGUCUCGAAAUUGUCUCCUGAUGCCUACAUCUCUGUCCUUUUCGAUGAGUCCCGAGCUACUGUGACGGCGUCGGAGCGCCUCGCGCCCAAACUGGUUAGACAGCUUCGAGCAGCAGGCGUUACGGCCAUACCGCUCGCCUUCAAGGGCCAGCUCCACACGCCCACAGCAGAGCGGGGACGUCACACCGAAGCUUUGAUCGAAUUGUGCCAGUCGAUUCCCGAGCUGCAGUUCCCGGAUGCCGCCCAACUGGCAUUGCCCACUUACCUCGCCCACCCCGAGGGAAAGCAAGUCUCGGGUGAUGAAGUCGACUUGAUUGGCACGGUGCUGCGUUCUAUCCUGGCGAAUCAGUUGAAUUGGACAAGCACCGUUUCGAAGCUCGCGGCGAACAGGAAGGACAUCUCCCUCAUUGCAUUUGGGCUCGACCGCCCUCUGCCGCCCACCAUUUUGCGCGCCUUCGGUUCUAAGCAAGUACACUUCGAGGAUGUCGAGGAUGAAAUUAGCAAGUCAACAGUGCACCCGCUUCGACAACCGCAAAAUAAUGACGCAGUGACCCGCUCGGACGCUGUCGAACCAGUACAGGUCGCUGAACCGAGUAGACCCAGUGUUCAGCCAGAAGAAGACUUCGAAGAUGUGGUUGCGGUCGUGGGCAUGUCCCUCAAAGUUGCAGGUGGCAGAGACCUGGAAGAGUUUGAGCAAAUGCUCAAGACCGGAGAGUCGCAACACGAGAUCAUCACACGCGAGAGGAUGAUGCCAGACAUGUUGUUCCGCGACAACGCUGACCCCGACAGGAAGUGGUAUGGCAAUUUCAUGCGCGACGCGGACUCUUUCGACCACAAGUUCUUCAAAAAAAGCCCACGUGAAUCGAUGGCGAUAGACCCGCAGGGCCGACUUUCGCUGGAGGCCGCGUACCAAGCUCUUGAACAGUCCGGGUAUUUCAAGGAGCUGGCCACGACCAGCGCGGCUGAGCACGAAAGACGGAAGCACAUAGGUGUUUAUGUCGGCCUCUGCUCUUACGAGUACGAUGUUAACAUUCAUUGCCAUCCGACCAGCGCGUUCACUGGGACGGGGGAGCUGAGAAGCUUCAUCCCCGGGAGAGUGUCUCAUUAUUUUGGAUGGACGGGCCCAUCGUUGACGUUUGAUACAGCAUGCUCAUCGUCCACGACGGCCCUUCACAUGGCCUGCCGGGAUCUGCUGUCAGGCGAAGUCCCGGCGGCGCUUUGCGGUGGCGUCAAUGUCUUGACGAACCUGCAAUGGACACAAAACCUCGCCGCCGGCAGCUUCAUCAGCCCGACAGGCCAGUGUAAACCCUUCGAUUCUGAUGCUGACGGUUACUGCCGUGGCGACGGGAUCGCCUAUGUCUUCCUGAAGAAGCUAUCAACCGCCGUGGCCGAUGGUAACACGGUCCUGGGGACCAUCCGCUCUACGGGUCUCAAUCAAAACCUCAAUACCACGCCACUAUUUGUUCCCAACGUACCCUCUUUAUCGACACUGUUCAAUCAUGUAAUCCGCAAAGCCCGCGUCAACCCACGUGACAUUUCGCUGGUCGAGUGCCACGGCACUGGCACGCCUGUGGGAGACCCUGCCGAGUGGGAAAGCAUACGUAACGCUGUGGCAGGCUCUUUGCGCGAUACUGUUCUGCCUAUUGGCUCAGCCAAGGGUCACGUCGGUCACACUGAAGGCGCGUCCGGCAUCGUCUCCCUCAUCAAGGUGCUCUUGAUGAUGCGAGGCAAUUUCAUCCCUCCUCAAGCUAGCUUCAAGAGCAUGAAUCCCAACAUCCGUGCGCAGCAGUCAGACAAUAUGGAAGUCGUUACGUCGUUGCGGUCUUGGCCAGAGGACCGGAAGCUGGCUCUGAUCAACAACUACGGCGCUUGCGGAUCCAAUUCGAGCGUGGUGGUCGCUCACUCGGCUCACAAGCCUACCAAAACCUUCUUGACCGGAAUAUCACCGCGAUUGCCCUUCUGGAUCUCCGGCCUUGACAUCCAAAGUAUUGCGGCGUACAGCACUGCGCUCGCUCCCUAUCUUCGCUCGCACGCCGGGUCUGAAGAUGAUCAGCCCAAGCUCGCCGAUGUAUCGUUCAAUAUGCAAUGGCAAUCAAACCCCGGCUUACCCCUAGGGUUGAUCUUCAGCUGCAGUUCAUUAGACGAGCUACAGGACAAGCUUGCCAAUGCAACUGUGGCUACCAAAGACACAGCUGCCAGCAUCGGCAUCGCGCCUGUGAAGCCUGAGCGACCUGUCAUUCUGUGCUUUGGUGGCCAGGUGUCGACAUUCGUUGGGCUCGACCGCACGGUCUACGAAGGCGCAGCAGUGCUGCGGCAUCACCUGGAUAAAUGUGAUACCGCCAUCACAUCUAACGGCUUGGAAAGUAUCUACCCCGACAUUUUCUCCUGCGAGCCCUAUCAGGAUAUCGUCAAGCUCCAGACCGCGCUAUUUGCUAUGCAGUAUGCCUCAGCCAAGAGCUGGAUGGACUGUGGGCUAGCUGAUAAGAUUGUAUCCGUCGUUGGCCACAGCUUUGGUGAGAUAACAGCACUCUGCGUAGCGGGUGUGCUGAGUCUGGAAGACACAGUCAAACUGAUUGCUGGUCGGGCUAAGCUAGUGCAGAACGCUUGGGGACCUGACCCGGGUGCCAUGAUGGCCAUCGAGGCUGACGAAGCAGUUGUGCAUGAUCUCCUGAAAGAGUCAAACCUCGAAUCCGACGGAUCAGCUGGCAUUGCCUGCUAUAAUGGUCCUCGCAGCUUCACUAUCGCUGGGUCGACAAAAGCCAUCGACGCAUUUGCCACCACGCUAGCUGGAAAAGGCAGCGCGGUCAAGGACGUCAAGAGCAAGCGUCUGAAUGUCACCAAUGCUUUCCAUUCCGCAUUGGUUGAGACUAUUGUCGACCGCCUCGGGGAGAUCGGCAAAGAAGUGACCUUCCACGACGCUACCAUUCAAGUAGAACGUGCCACGGAGCAUGGCGACCCGGCGGCCCAGCUGGACUGGACCUUUGUCGGCUCCCACAUGCGCCAACCGGUCUUUUUCAACCACGCCAUACAGCGGCUCGCAAAGAAACAUUCGCAUGCUAUCUUCCUUGAGGCGGGUUCCAACUCAACUAUCACCGUCAUGGCAUCGCGCGCACUUGCUCACACGGCGUCAACACAUUCUGAUGCGUUCCACUUUCAAUCCGUGUCUAUAAUCAACACCAAGAAGGGUAUCGAGAGGCUCACAGAUGCAACUGUAGAUCUAUGGAAACAGGGCCUUCGUGUGUCAUUCUGGGCCCACCACCGGGUACAGAAGGGCGAGUAUGCGGAGCUCCUCUUGCCACCAUAUCAAUUCGAAAAAUCACGCCAUUGGCUCGAGCUCAAGUCGCCAAUCGAGCAGGCUAUCAAGGUAGCUCAAGAAAAGAUCGGAAGCAAUGGGUUGCUGCUAGCGGCGGGAGAGACACAGCAGAAACAAGUUGACCCUAAGACCCUUGAUAUAUGGACCUUCAUGGGCUUCCAGGACCACAAGAGUGGCAACACCAAGAAGAAGACCAAGCUGGCUAGGUUCCGCAUCAACACGGCGUCAGAAAAGUACCAGCGUCUGUUCGCGACCCACGUCAUCGCGAAGACGGCACCCAUUGCUCCAGCCACACUUGAAAUAGACAUGGCCAUCGAGACCCUUUUCAGCCUUAAUCCUGAAUGGAGACCGAAUGGGUUCUCGCCAAUAGUCCGCGAUAUGCUCAGCCAUUCGCCGAUCUGUGCCGACUCGACGCGUGACUACUAUAUCGACCUUGAGCCGCUCAACAAGAACGAAACCGAGUGGCACUGGACCAUCCACAGCGUUGGCACUUCCCCUGCCGACGACAAGCACGCUGAAGGCCGCAUCAACAUGUGUUCGCCAUCCGACCCAGCCGCUCUCCAAGAGUUUGAACGUUGGGAGCGCGUAGUUACCCAUGCGCAGUGUCAAGCGGUUCUGGCGUUGGGCCCCAACGAUGAGGGUGUGGAGGCGCUUCAAGGCCGGAACGUGUACCGAGCCUUUGGAGAAGUUGUGGAAUUCGGCUCCGUGUACCAUGGCGUGCGGUAUGUUGUAGGCCGCGACAACGGCGACAGUGCGGGUGUCGUGCACAAGCGUCACGCCGGCGACACCUGGCUUGAUGUCCCUAAAGCAGACUCGUACGGCCAAGUUGCAGGCAUGUACGUGAACCUGCUGACUGACAUCCCCUCGAGCGAUAUGUUUGUGGCCACAGGGCUCGAGCUGGUGAUGCGCUCGCCAAAAUCUCGGACUUUAAACGAUGGCCACGAGCAUGGCCCUGGUGUCUGGCACGUUCUCGCUCGCCACGCGCGUCGAAACGAAAAGGCCUACGUGACGGAUGUCUUCAUCUUCGAUGCCUCAACGGGUGCCCUGAGCGAGGUCAUACUGGGCCUGAAGUAUGUCCGCAUUCCCAAGGCGACGAUGAGCAAGGUCCUGGCACGAGUGACAAUAGAUAAGUCGUUUUUGAGAAGCACCGCAGCGUCUCUACCACCGUCUGCCCAGCCUCUUGCCACCCUUGACAGGCCAAUGAAUGCCGCUGGUCCAAACUCCAAAUCGGCACCACUCCAAUCCCGUCCCAAGGCAAAGAAGACCAAAACAAAACCAGCUAGCGAGCCGCGCGAUAUCGCAAACGAGGUGCGCGAUGUGGUCGCCAGCGUUUCCGGCAUCGAGCCCAGCGAGAUGAGCCUCGACAGUGAGAUGGCUGACCUGGGUAUUGAUUCGUUGAUGGCCAUGGAGCUGGCGCGCGAGAUUGAGAAUACUUUCCACUGCACGCUCGACCGCACAGAGACGAUGGUAGCCACCACCCUUCGCGAGUUCGUGGCCUGCGUGUCGAAUGCUUUGGCCAGGGCUGGAGGUGAGAAGGACUUUCAAGAACAGGGCGAAGAAGAGGACAGCGACGAUGACAUGGUAACCGGAGAGGGUGAUGUCGUGCUCUCAGACUCGGAAGACGAAGACACAACCUCUGAUAUCUCUACUCCGGACGACGGCUCGGACUUCACCAGCGAAAGUCAGGAUUCGAUGACUGAUUCACCUGUCCCAGUGGAAGAAGUAUAUAUGGGCAAUGUGGCAGUCCGCGAAGCAGAGGCGCUGCGCUUGAUGGCAGCCUACACGACAGAUUGGGACUCGCUCGCACUCAAGGCUGCGGCGAACGGCACUAUCAGAACCCGCUCCAGUGCCGGAGCUGUGGUGGUCGUGACGGGCGCUUCGGGCAGCCUUGGGGCGCACAUUGUUCAGACACUCGCGGAGCGAUCGGGUGUCGCAAGUGUCAUUUGCAUCAACCGCGCCAUCAGUGACAUGCCCGCCGACACUCGGCAGGCAGAGGCGCUAACUUCGAGAGGCAUCGGGCUGUCCCCAGCCGCACGCGAGAAGCUGCGGGUAUACGGUACUGACACAUCCAAGCCACAGCUCGGUCUACCAGACAAGGAGUACACCUGGCUCGCGCAGCACGGCACACACAUCAUCCACAACGCGUGGCCCAUGAGCGCCACGCGGCCACUCAAAGCUUUUGAGCCUCAGAUCAAGGUGAUGCGGAACCUGCUGGACCUGGCGCGCGACAUGGCAUUAGGUACCGAGCCGCGGAGGAUAGGUUUCCAAUUCAUCUCCUCGAUCGGCGUGACCGGCUUCUCGACUGAGCCCCACGUGCUCGAGCAGGCCAUGCCCAUGGCCGCGGUGAUGCCCAGCGGCUACAACGAGGGCAAGUGGGUGUGCGAGCGCAUGCUCACCGACACGCUGCGCCGUCACCCACGGCUCUUCCGGGCCAUGGUGGCGCGGCCGGGCCAGAUCUCUGGGUCAACCGCAAGCGGAUUCUGGAACCCAGUCGAGCACUUUGCUUUCGUGGUGAAAAGCGCUCAGGCACUCAGAGCGUUACCCGACCUACCAGGCGUGCUGCAUUGGUUGCCCGUGGAUAAAUCUGCCAAAGUCAUGGUCGACUUGCUGAAUAUCGACAGCCGUGAUGAUGCGACAGAGGCGUAUCCGGUCUAUCACGUCGACAACCCCGUUGGCCAGCCGUGGAAGGAAAUGUUGACGGUUCUAGCGGGUGCCCUUGAUAUUCCUCCCCACGGCAUCAUCCCCUUCAAAGAGUGGAUUGAACGGGUUCGCCAAUCGUCUCUGCCCCCAGCCGAGAACCCGGCCGCCCUCGCCCUGGGCUUCCUCGAAAGCCACUUUGUGCGCAUGGCUUGCGGUGGUAUUGUUUUGGACACGCAAAGAUCAAGUGAGCAUUCUAAAACCAUGGCCGCAGAAGGGCCGGUGAGUGCUGAGGUGGUGCAGUCCUAUGUCUCGUCUUGGAAGGCGAUGGGGUUUCUUAAUCGGUAA